UGCUCAGUCCUGAGAGAUAGCCGGCUGAAACACACAUGACGGAUAAACAUUCCUGCAAGCUAUGUGGGAAUAUGAUGUGAGAAACAAAUGCGAAUUUUACCAAACAGGCUUUAAAAUAAUUUUUUGGACCUUGAGGAGAGUUUCACAGAGGAUGCAAUAAGGAAAUGCUACUUUUAGAACUUUGACACCAUGGCUCGAUUUUGCAGCUGUUUUGUGGCAAAUAAGAUUUCCAGGAGACGUGCGUGUCACGUUCUUGAACGGUCCGCCUGGAAACAACACGAAGCCGUCUGAUCUAAUUAAGACAUGAAGCGUCGGACGUCAUCACAGAACUCUGGUGUUGGAGGCAACUCAAGAGGCUAAUGCUUAUAUCAAGACCGUGGGUGGACAAAAUAAUGCAAGCGUAAUGUUUCAGUGAUUGUGACAUCAUGGCAUCAGGAUCUCCAGAUGCCACAGGCGCAAGUGACUCAUCAGAAGCGGCAGAAGAGUGUUCAGGGAAAAAGAAGUCCAAAUUCCAGACGUUCAAGAAUUUUUUUGUGAAGAAAAAGAGGAAAGAAAGUCCUCCUCCAUUGGAAGAGGGCGUGUUGAAGGCCAGUCAAUCAAGUUAUGAUGUCACUAAAGAACCGCCUAUGGUCCAAACUACCAAACAUGAUGAAUUGGGGUCCAAAAUCAAUAUGGGAAAUAAAGCCAUGUCACAUGACAGUGUCUUCGUCUCUGAUUCGCCUUUGUCUGAGAGUAAUGAUGCUCUAGGGGCGUCCGAGGACAGCAUUCAUGGAAAAGUGAAAUCUCUACAGCUGCAAUUGAAGCAGGCAAUUCGUCUGGGUUCACCUCCAGCAUUCAUCUACGGGAGGAAACCUGAAGACGCCGGAGCUUUCUCUGAUGAUGAUGGUCUUCCCUGCAGCCCACCAGAAUACUUCAGCCUUCAUUCCGUGCUGGCCACACCCCCUCAUACGGUGGCAGAUUUGACCCAGAGCAGCAGUUGUUUGAGCAUGGAGGCAUUUGACAGCGAUGAUGAUCAGAUGUCUUAUGAAAGCUCUUCGAGACCCAGCACCCCUAAGGGCCCCGUCCCCGCGGACUUCAGUCUGCCCGCCAGCUCCAUCUCCUGCUUAGACAGCACGGCGGCCCGUCACCGCAUCGCCGUCAAUGCCAAAGCCUGCGCCAGGAGAAAACCAGUCAGCAUGGAAAUGAUGCAAACUAAGAGAAGACAUCUGAGAGAAAAACUACUGCUCAGAGAAACAGAGGACAAACUACGGAUGGUCCCGAGCAUUGUGGAAGAGGAAAGUGAAGAUACGCCCAUGAUUCAAGAUUCACACCAAGAGGAGUCAAAGACAGCCUCCAUUGCCUCUGAGCACAAGGACGAGGAAUUGGCAGACUCUCUGAAAUCCUCCGUCUCAGCUGGAGACUCCUCUGAGGAAGAGGAACGUGUUUCUGACGAGGAUGACAUCCGCAAGUCUAAGAUCCUGGAGUCUCCAUGGGACACAAGACCAGUGACACUUGAGCUACAGGCCGAUGACUUCCUGUUGGUCACAGUAUGUGAGGUCGUCCCUAAAGAGCAGGGGUCAUUGCUGGAGGAAGUGUUGAGCUCCCUAAAGAGUCCUCUUGUGUUAGGACUUGCACUGGAGCAUGAGAACACGGUUCUUCAGAGCGAGGCAGAGGUAAAAACUAAGAGUGCAGUAGGUCAAAAUGAAGAGAAAGCCAACAUGGAUCUUGGUCGAAUGAUCAAAAAUACACAACUUCCUCAACCAUAUUCCCUUUCAGACUCAACUGUUGUUUCAGUCAAGAUCACAGAAGAGACUUUAGAAAAAGAGGAAUUGGUUGAAUUGCCAAAGUUUGCCAGUGUGUCUAAAGCCAAUGUUGAGAAAGAACUAAACAAGACUGAGAAUGCCAAAGAGGUACAAGGAAAGAUAGACUUUAAAGUGAAAUUGGAGACAACUGACAGGGCGGAAAUUAACCAAAUAGAAGAUCUUGGUGAGGACAAUGUUAAAUUGAUGAUAGAAACCAAAGUUGACGAGAAGGUUGGUGGCUUGGUGUUGGUGGAACCGGAGAAAAGAAAGGAUGCGGACGUUGAAGAAUCUCAAGACAUUACGGAGCUCUCAAAGACAGACAUAGAUGAUAUUGAGAAUGUUGCGGCAUCUGAUCCGACAGUUGGAGAAGAUUUCUUCAACUCUUCUGAAUCUUCUAGACUGACUCUGGUAGAGUCUAUUUCCCCCACAGUGUCUCAGAAACUUGAUGCUCCAAUUCUACAAUCAACAUUUUUGAAUACGUCGGCGAGUCCUCUAGAGAAGGAAAAUGAGCCCAGCAGUCUAUGUGUUUCUGUUAGGCCCCAGGAAGGAUCAGUUACAGAGCAGAAGGAAGUUCUCGAGUCACCUUUGGAACAACAGAUAACCAACACUGAGGUUCAACCUCGCUUCACAAUCGCUCCUGCAUGGCAACGGUCACUUGUUUCUGAAGUUGCCAAAGAACAGCUUCAGAUCAUCUCGCCGUCUACCGAAGUGACCAAAGCGUCUGAUGAACCUCCCCAGACAACCGAGCUCCUCACACCUGCAAAAGAAGAACGAUCCUUCUCCAAACCCACCCGUACGCACAGUUCGCCAGCACGAAUUCACAGCUCACCCAUGAGAAAAGAGAUGUUGCUUGUUGAGGAAGAGUCUAUUCCAGACAACCCUUUUGGUGUGCGGUUGAGAAGGACGGCAGUUAUCAGGCGGUACGAUAUGGAUGGAGAUUCGUCUCCGACGCGGGGGAGCCUGACAGAGUCAGAGCGUCUGGAGGCUGUGGAGACCCCAGAAGUUGAGCAGCAUGAAAGCAAGACCAUCACGCCCAAGAAGCCUGAUCUGCACGAUACUGUGGUGUCUGUCUGGAAAGUCCCAGAACCCGUGGUCAGAAUAUCUGGUGGUAACAUUGAACCUCCAAGCUGGAUCUCUGUGGCAAGACAGAAGCAGAGGAACUUCAUUGAGAACUCCCCAGAGGUCUUUGCAGAGAAACCUCCCUCACAAGAGGAUUUUACAAGACCAGCUUCACUGCCUAGUUUAUCAACUUCAAUCACCCAAGAUCAACUUGCACAGCCAUGUUCAACUGUAAAAGUGUUCUGCUCGAUGGAAAUGGUGGAGAAGGAGACUAAGAGAGCUGCUAUCCCAUCCGCUGCUCCUCUAGCCCAAGAUGAGCCCCCCUGGAUGGCCUUAGCCAAGAAGAAGGCCAAAGCGUGGAGUGAAAUGCCCCAGAUCGUCCAGUGAACGGCCCAGCUGGCAUAUGAGCUCAAGAAAACAUUAAAGUCACUUCAGUGGCUUUCCUUAUACUUAUUUGUAAACACAUACGCAAUGGAUGUGAGCAGUCAUAGGAAACUUGUACAGACUCAUAUUGCUUAUUCAGAACUGAAUGCCUGGAGUAAAUGAAGUUCUGACUUCAUAAAGGAAGUGUAAGCAGUAGGCAUUAUGGGUUAUGCAUUCUGCCUUUAUCAUGAUCACAUUCAUUUAAUAGUAUCCCAUGUCAUACAGAUCUGACUUUGUAAUCCAGGUGGAGUGCUUCUGUUAAAAAAGAGAGAAGGAAACAAUGUUUAGUUACCCCCCGAAAAAAGCGUUCCUUUGGUUUACCCCAUUAUGAACCACCAUGAAGGCUGUUUUUAUUUAGGAGUUAAGGAUACCUUCACUUAUGUUAUAGCCUUUAAAGUUAAUUACAGUGCAGUUAUUAACAAUGGAGCUGAUGGUAUCAUUGUAUUUAUUUAUCUCACUCUUGUAUGUUUUAUGUAAUUUUUGUUUUAUUUUUGUAUUUACGUGCACAGUUUUGUGACUUGUACAUAAAAUGUGAAGUA